UUACGGGCAGUCUACUAUAGGUCGCUCUUGUUUAAGAUAACGCCAGGAAGGAAUUAGGCAAAUCGGAGAUAGUGGCAGUAGAUACAGCUGCAAAUUAAGAAGUGUCAUUUGCAGUGUUCUUUUUUUUAAUGCAAUGUGACCGAGGCUUAGCAGACUGGCUCUAUGCACGUUCCGAGUGCCUUACGCGCUGGUAACAGUGUCCCGGUCUUCUUAGCUAGCUACGAUUCAGUUUGCAAGCUAGUGCACUUGGCGUCAAAUCCGUAAGGGCUGAACGAAGUGCGGUGCCAAAGGAGUACCGACAGACAAAAACGCGAGGCGGGGAUGCGUUAGCUUUAGUUCCGCUAUUUGCUUGCCGCACCUGCCUGAUAAAGUUAAGGGAUUUGACAUACUGCAGUGGCUGGUGUGACAUUUUUUACCAGUCAUACAUGGCAGGUUUUGCACUCGUUAACAAUGACUAGACUGCCGCAUUUUAUCCAUCUUUUUUCUUGUUUUUAUUGAAUGGACAGUACCGUUUUGUUGUAUUUAUAUUUAGUCUACUAGAUGUGGAUUGCUGCUUUGACAGGACUGGUUUACGCCGCCUGACGGUAACAUUCGUGCACGGUGUUCCGCACCAUGGGGGUAUAAAAGAUUAAAUCGGGAUUUCUUAGUGACAAAAAGCUCAUAUAAUGUGUGCUCGCGUACAAAGGGGCUUUCGUCUCGUAGAAAUCGGUUAGUGGCGCUGACCAUUACAGUAGGCCGUGUCGAUGUAAGCGUCGUGUAUGGGGCUGUGCAUGAACGGACAUCGGGGAAAUUAUCAUUUGCAUGGAAAAGGAUGAACAAUCAGGGCCCCGAGUCACAAUAAGCAGCGUAAUUAACUGAUUUUACAGUCUGAUUUCCGGUAUCUAACAUUUAAUAGGUGUUAGGUACGAGCCAAGUAGCUGUCAUUUUCACCGUCGUCUUACAGAUUAUUUAAGUAAAUAUGGUUGGUUUCGGUGCGAAUCGGAGAGGUGGCCGGCUGCCGUCUUUGAUCCUGAUUGCGCUGAUGGUGGUCAUCCUCAUCCUGUCGUUCAACUACUGGGCUGUGUCCAGCAAGCACGGCCGUCUGCUGGACGAGCUGGCCGAAGUGCAGACGCAGGUGAAGCGCACGGAUGCGGCGCGCAGUCGCCUGGAGAAGCGCAACACUGAGCUAAUGGCGCAGGUGGACACGCAUCGGAAGCAGAUCGAUCAGAAGGAGGUGGACGUGAGCGCGCUGGAGGGGAAACUGCAGACCCGCGACGCGCAGGUCAAGAAGUGCGCCGACGAGAAGAUGAAGCUCCAGAAUGAUGGUGCAGUCCAGGCUACAGAGAUGCAGAGGCUGCAAGAUCAGUUGAGGGACCUGCAGCAGGAGUUCCAGAAGCAAGAGGAGCAGCUGCAUGAGACGAAAAGGAACAGCACACAGCUGGAGAAGAGGUUGGAGUACGAGAGUUUCCAGUGUGGCCGCCAAAUCGCCCAGCUGAAAGAGGAAUACGAGGAGAGGAUAAAGAUCCUGGAAGAGGAGGCGGCAAAGCUGAGACGGAACCUGCUGGAGAAUCAUGAAACAGGGAAGCUUUCAACUCGGGAGAAUGAGGGGACGGCCACCGGGAACCGGCACGAGGAGGCGGAGAUGAAAGGCGACAUGGGUAAGCCUGGCAGCGACGCUGGCAUGCCUGGCAUCGAGGACAGUGAGGUUGGAAAAGCGGACAAUUUGGAUUUUGCCCCAAAGAAGCCAGCCAUCACCCAGAAGCAGAUCCCCAUGAGUGAGGUGGGGGCUGAUGUGGGCGAGGGAGCCGAGGCCGCCCGGGAUGUAUCCCAGGACCGUCACGACCACCCGGGUGACAACGCACUGGACCUGGACGCCCAGGCGGGCUUGGAGCAGCACAGCCCUGGAAACGCAGGCGUUGGCCUCCAGCCUCUGCAGGCUGUGGCUGACCAGCCGGUCGUGUUCGACCAGGAUAACAAGGCAUCCGUCCACGCAGAUGAACUGGGGGAGCAUCGCGGGCAGAUCAAGGCUCCUGACGACGUGCAGGGCGAUGGCCGCGAUCUGAGAGGCGCCUGGCGUGCUCUGCCCCCCAAUGCUGUUCAGGCAAUGCCCAAUCCCAUGGACCCGCAGCUGCAGGGCAGGGAGUCCCCCCCGGCGGAGCCCGUGCGCCAUCGCCAGAGUCGCUUCUUCGAUGAGAACGAAUCGCCAGCAGACCCGCAGCACGGAUCCAAGGUGGCGGACUACAACGGGGACGACGGCAACGUGGGCGAGUAUGAGGCGGACAAGCAGGCUGAGCUGGCUUACAACGAGGAAGAGGACGGCGAUGGCGGAGAGGAAGAUGUCCAAGAUGACGAGGACCGCGACCUGCAGGGAGACCGCAUCGUUGGCUACGGGAAGCGGCACCAAGGAGCGGACAUCCUGUAGACCGUCAGGAGAUGGGAACUUCAGUAGGGUCACACACCGAGAAGGACAGAAUGUUCAGUGAUUCGCUGGUGUCCAAGCUGGCAGCCUGCUAAUAGGGUGGGGGGAGCACUGAAUAGUUCUUUUUAAGCCCCCCCAACCCCCCUCCCCACACACACACACACACACACACACACACACACCCUUUAUAAGUGGCAUUCAGGUCAGGACAUUGGAAGACUUAAGGAAACUAUAUGAACUGGACACUUGUUUGCAUAGGAAGCCUUUAAAUCCUACACCUGUUACAUUUUGACAUCAUGUAUUUCCUUAUGUGCCACUGAAUGACACAUUUGCACAUGUAAGGAUAAAGUAUAUAAAUAUCAUUCUGAAGAAUCUACUCUGUUGUGAAAUGAAAGUCGUGUCUAAAUGAAAACGUGUUCCCAGCAGCUAAUGCAGACUGCUCAUAGUCCUUUAUGUAGUCAGCGAUGGCCCCACCCAUACACGGGAAACUGGACUUUCCCUCGCCCCGUAUGCCCGGUGCACCGGGUUGCCGCUGCCUGCCGCCGCUGGACUCCACCUACCGACUCGGUCAUGUUCGUCCUCUGCAAGGACACGGAUUUUCCCUGGGAUGUAUCUACUCGUACUCCUCCCUGAUUCCCCGACGAACAGUUGUUCCCAGCUAAAGCAGCUUCACCCCUUGUCGAUGUGUAAGGACUAAACAGGCUGAGUUACUGAGUGCCCGUGCUCUGGAAAAACUGCGAUUGCGGCUGGUCACCCAGGAGGCUUUGCAAAGUGGAGCCGGAACCAGCGGAGCCAAGGACAUUUCUCAUGUCUACUGUGCCCCCCCCCCCCCCCCAAGCCCGAUUUUUGUUUUUAUUAUGAUUUUUUUUAACUUAUGUAAUGGUCCGUGAGGCACAUUGCCUCUAGCAAGGUAGUUGCUGCAUGCAUUGAAAUUUGUAAACUUUGAUAGCAGCCCCCAGAAUUGCAUAACGCUGCAGCAUUUGCAUACUCCAACAUACAGGUAGGGGCUCUGAACUUUUGCACAUCUGGAGUUUAAACUCUCCAGCUGUUAACAAAGUUUUUAUUUCUUUGUUCAUGUACAUAGAUUAGGAUUUUUAUUUUUUUUAACUGAUCUCUUGGGGAGGCUUUGUUCGUUCUCACUAUUUAAGCAAUUUGCUUAAAACACAGGAGUAGAAUAUUUUAGGUUUUGUGCAGAUUUUAAAUGAAAUGAGCGAAUAUCAGCAUAUUUAAUGUACCCUGGUUUAAAGGAUGACUUAAGAACAAUACAAAAAUGAAGGUGAAUUGGAUAUGAAACAUGCUUAAUUGUCUGAUUUAACAUAGGACACUUUGAUGCCCAGUGAAAAUGCAGUAGUAAUAUGCAUGAGGGUUUUUCUGUUAACUGUAGUCUCUGGUUCUUUGCAUUGAGUGCCCAGAUACCACCCCCCCCCCCCCCCAUGAAAAGUUACCUGCGAUUGACUGUUAGUCACCAUAAUAUGAAUCAUAAUAAAAAUAUAACCCUGAAUACAAUGUAAUCUUAAUUUAUUAAAGGAGGUCAUUUGG